AUGUUUGGAUUGACUCAGCUCAAAAACAUAGGACGCACGGGGCUUGGCCUCAGGCUAGCUACUAUGAGCAGACCAUUUUCACAAUCGUUUGUAGCAUGCAAAGUCAACACUUCCACCAGAACCAAGGAAAAUGUUCAUGAUUUGGAGACAUUCUUCAAGUUGAUUGGAAGAAAGACUGUGGACCACUUGGGGCUGUUCGAGGGAGACUUGGACAAGUUUUUGGGUACCACCUCCAAGCAGAUGAAAAAUAUGGGCAUAGAUGUGUCAACCAGGCGAUACAUGUUAAGAUGGAAGCACAAGUUUGUAAAUGACUUGGAGCCCUUGAGAGAGCACAAGAGAGGCAAGAAGAAGAACGGAGGAGAGAGAAAGGCCAAGACAGUGUUGGCAAAGAGACAGGCAUUGAAGAAGUUGGAGGAGAAAGAGCGGUUCGCCAAUGAGGAGUUGGAGGCUGAACAGAAGGGUGAGAGACAAUUCUAG